CGAUUACUUGAUCCUUAUCGAUCGUUCUUCCUCGCCCUCUCUUCGUCUUCCCGUCUUCCCUUCGAUGGCUUGGUUGCUCUCUGCCAGAACCGUAGCCGGAGCCUCGCCCAGCCUCACUACUGCCGCCCGCCCUUUCAGCCUUCGUCGCCUCUCCGGCCGUCCCGACGAGAAGGUAGACCUCGUCCAGCCGGAGAUCGAGGCGGAGGAUCCCUCCUCGGAGAUCGAGGUCUUCGGGAUGCUACGCCUCGAGGAAGCCAUACACACCAUGAUAGUUCGCAGAUCCGCUCCCGAUUGGCUGCCCUUCAUCCCUGGCUCCUCCUACUGGGUUCCGCGCCGCGGGCGCCCACCUGGUGUCGUUGAGCUCGUCAGCAAGUUCACCAAUCCGAUGACAGUGGACGAGAUCUUGUCGUUCACUAGCGAUCCUGUCUUGUCUCCCUCCGCCUAUUUCGUGGAAGGUACAGCUCCGCAACCAAUAAGGAAGAUCAAAGGGAGGAUCAAGGUGUUCUCUGAUGAUGAAAAAAGCUGAACGUCACCCAACAGGCUUUCGCUGAGGUUAUUUUUUUGUUGCUUAUACGAGGAGUACAACGAACAAAGAAACCAGGAUAGAACUCAAUCGAACUGAAUUCUUCUGCGAGUGUGAAUUUAUGUGAGUGCUAUCUUUGACAUCGCUAAGCCCAAACUUAAUGAAUAUUAGUGCUAGUGAAUUUGUUUU